AGCUGCUUCACAGAGCUAACAGAAACCUUGAAGCGUCUGGGGCUACUCUAUUUUUACAGACCCUUUCUCAACAAUUUAGCCAGGUGGAUUAUAAAGAAUUUCAGGUUCCAUUCAGAAUGAAACUUCUCCUUCAGUCUGUCUUCUGCUGGUGCCUACUAGCCACUGUCGCUCCAAGUGUGGAGAGCACAAAAUUUGACUUGAGCUCAGAGAUGAAAAGAAGGUUGAAUGUCUGGUUGCAGAGCAGAAGUAAACGUGAUUUAAGCAGCAUUUCUGUGGUGAGCAAAGUAGACUCAACACAGUUUGUGAGACCAGAAGAUGUCAAAGACACAUUAUCACCUCAUUCCAGCUCGGACAUCAACAUCCGGGCGAAGAGGUCCAAGAACUCGGUCAGUCAGACCAGGAGAUCAGGCUGCUCCCUGGGCACCUGCACGGUGCACGACCUGGCGCACCGCAUCCAUCAACUCAACAACAAGUUCAAGGUCGGCAGUGCCCCCAUGGACAAAAUCAGCCCGCUGGGGUAUGGCCGGAGGCGUCGCUCGCUCCCCAAUCGCCAUGCCACUCUACAACUGGAGGGCGGCCGGCUGCGGCCCGUGUGGAGGACCACAAACAGCCGAGUGCACAGAUUGGAGGUGCUCCUCCGACGGACAUGAGGCGGGAGGAGGCAAAGGAGGGAGGCAUCCUGGCGCUUUGUGGCCAAGAUUUUUUGGCCAGUGUCAAAAUGUUACAGGUGCCUCAGACUCCCGCCCAAUGCGCUCCAAUAUGUUACAGUUCACUGAGGAGCUGCAUUUGCUGGCAGCGCCGACUCAGAGCACGAGGCAGUCGAUGGUCAGGUCACACCGGGGGAGGGGAACACUCUAUCAGAGGACUAGAUGGGGGAUGGAGAGGGUAGCGGUGUGCACUGAGGAAUGGCUAAUGGGACAUACAUGUAUGGGGAAUCUACAUCCUUCCCCAGGACAUUGGGACUUGACACGCUUCUCUGUCUCCCCUAGCUCUGAAGGAAUUUCCACAUGAAUCUUGGGACACAGCAGAGCGUCCUCUCUCACAGCCCUGGGACAGGAGACAGUUUGAGGGGGUGACACGAGCGAGGCACAUUCCUCUCUCCAGAAGGAAAGUGCCAGGAAGACACAACACCAGCCUUCAUUUGCUCUGACUCUCACACUUUACCAAAUGACUGAACUCCGUCUCAUUGAGUGAAAAAAAAAGAUCUGAUCAGCACUGCCAGGAAUGGAGAUACCACAUGGAGUUGGACUUCAAAUUUAGAGCAAUAAAGCUCUUUAGCUAUAUUAAACCAAGCAUUUGGACACUGUAUUGAGGGGACAUAUCUUAGAAUCUAUUCAAUAGCCUUGCAAGUCCAUUAAGGAUGAUAUCAUACUUGAAGUUGAUUUUUUAUAGAGAAAUGUGCAA